AUGGCAGAUCAAGAAAAUGAUUCAGAUCUCGACAUUUCAGGGCGUCCAAAAUGCUUCACCAGCACAUUCCAAGAAGUUCUCUUCGUCCUAACUGCCACAAUGGCUAUCGGCCAGCAGUCAUUCUUCCAGGGCUGUAUCGUGGGAGUAACAGCAUCUAUCGGCAAGGAUUUACAUAUGAAUGCUGCUGAAAUAACCUGGAUCAAUGCCGGUGCUUCCCUCACAAGCGGUGCCUUCCUACUCACAUUCGGGAAGCUAGCCGACAUGUUCGGACGCAAGAUCCUAUUCAUCAUCGGCAUGGCUGGUUUCACCUUCUCACUACUCAUCGCGGGUUUCGCAACGAAUGCCAUUUACAUGGAUGUCUUCUCGGGCAUUUUAGGGUUAUUCGCGGCGGCUGUUGUCCCACCCGCAGUCGGUGCGCUGGGCGCUACUUACGAGAAGCCCUCAAAACGCAAGAACCUUGCCUUUGCCUGCUUCAGCGCAGGAAACCCGCUUGGCUUUGUCGGUGGCAUGAUCAUCUCCGGUGUCGCAGCGCAUUUGUAUAAUUGGCGGGCUUCUUUCUGGGCUCUCGCUGUUGUCUAUGCUAUCUUUACCGUUUUGACCGUGUGGACGGUGCCGGCUGAUGGGUUUGAUAGGACGCCUUUGAGCAUUAAUGCCCUGAAACAGUUUGAUAUUCUCGGCACGGUGUUGGUUAUUGUUGGGUUUGCGUUCUUUUCGAGUUCGCUUUCUCUGGCUGCAGAUGCCCCAGAUGGCUGGAAGACGGGAUACGUCCUUGGUCUGUUUAUCGUGGGCUUCUUCCUUCUUAUGGCGUUUCUGUAUUGGCAGUCCGUUGCCACACACCCUCUGAUGCCUCUUUGGGUUUGGCGAGAUCGUAAUUUCUCUCUGCUCAUUGGAACUUGCUGCAUUGGCUUUAUGGGCUUCUCCGCUGUCAGCUUCUUCCUCUCCCUCUACCUUCAAAACCUGAAACAUUUGUCCGCCCUUGAGAUCACUGUUCAGUUACUCCCAAUGGUUAUCAGCGGGGUGUUGGUCAAUGUCGUCUGCGGUCUGGUCCUGCACCGCGUUAGCAACACAAUACUAACCGGCAUCGGAGCACUGGCAUAUACAGCCUCGUUCCUUAUCCUGAGCUUCAUGACGCAAGAAGCUACCUACUGGGCAUUUAUCUUCCCAGCGCUGGUUCUUGUCGUUGUUGGCGCUGACAUUCAAUUCAACGUCACAAAUAUGUACGUGAUGUCGACCCUCCCACCAUCUCAGCAAUCCAUCGCCGGUGGCAUCUUCAACACCGUCAACAAGCUGUGUAGCAAUCUAGGCCUUGGCAUUGCUACUUCUGUGCAAAGCUCAGUCGCCCUUCACAUGACCCCCUCCACGCCUGCAAUUCGGCCUUACCUCUCGGUUUAUUGGUUUGCCGCUGCGGCUUCGGGGGUGUCUCUGGUCUUGAUACCAUUCUUGACAAUUGGUAAACAGGGAAACGAUGUUCCACAAAACGCCCGGUUGGUUUCCGAGGAGGCUGGUGAGAAGACAAAUGUUACUGCCAAUACGGAUUGUAUGGUUUCUUCUGCUGUUGAUAUCGUCGAGCACGAGAAGAGGUAA